GGGACUGACGCCGCGGCCGCCGCCUGCGCACGGAGCGGCCGACGCGUAGCUCCGCCCCUAGGCGCUGGCGGGAGAUCCGAACGUGGAGGCCUGCGGCUGAGGGGAGACUGUGAGGCGUCCCGAGCUGGGGCUUAGUGACUAGCCGGAGGUGUCCACUUUUCGGUGGCCAUGAGGCGGAGAGGCCCCGAGGAGGAGGCCUGCGGCGUGUGGCUGGACGCCGCGGCUCUGAAGAGGCACAAAGUGCAGACACAUUUAAUCAAACCAGUGUUAACACUCCUUCCGAAAGAGAGGAAGGCUAGUAUUUCUUUAACUCAAAGAAGGACCCCUCCUGCAGGUGGUAAGCAGACCAGCAUCACUUCCUUCCUGACCUCGCAGCCAGGAAAGAGAAACAGCGGUGGCCAGAGAAGUGUUCCAUCUCAUGUGGAAAGUCAGAUCAACCAGGAAUCCACCAAUGAUGCAACUCCGCUAGGCUGUCUGGUGCAAGGCUCUGAAGAUGAUUACCUGGCACCCCCUUUUGCCACUUCAACUCCAGCAGACACCCAGGGGGCUGGACUCUGUCCUCACCCCCUCCAGACUUAUAGCCAACAGAGAAUGGGGACCCCACUUUGGACUGAGAUGUCUCUGCUCCAGCCUAGCAUCCCAGUCUCUGCUGCAAAGAGUAAAACCUCACUGGCUUUUUCCUUUACCCAGGACUUGGAAAGUUCUUGGGACCAAAAUGAGGAAAAGGAUUCUUCCAGGAGAAAGGAAUGGCUUCAUGACACUAAGAAGACCUGCCAGGGCCUAGAGAGCCCCAGCAGCACAGCUAGGAGCAGAUGUCACCAGUCCUUGGACAGAACGAGACUAGAAAAGAUUGCGUCUACCAAAGAAAACAGGCAGGUUCUUCAAACUCACAGGGACUUCCGGAGUGGAGAGAAAACAGACUGUGUGAAGCAAAGCCCUCAUCCUGUUUCUGUGCUUCCCUGGGACAGUGAGAAUGACAGGGACACCUGGAGUCAGCUUUUCACUGAAGAUUCUCAGGGCCAGCAGGUCAUUGCUCACAAAUCCAGAGCCCCUUUCCAGGACAUCAGCAGCAGCUGGAACCAGGAGCUGGGGCAGUUUUCCAGCAGCCCUCGGGCUCAAAGCCAGGAUGGGCUGACACGUCUCUUUACACAGGAUUCUGAAGGUAAUCAAGUUAUCAGGCAUCCAUUGUAAAUGUUUUUAUGAGGGUUUGCUUCUCUAAGUAUCUUGCAAUGACAGAGAUGUUAAGACAUCUGUAGCUGGGAGUAGGAAGGAGGCACGUGAUGCAACUGUUGGCAUUAUCAAGCAUUUUAUUUGUAUAAAUAAAGCAGGCAUUACCACUCACUGACAGCGUGUUGGCAUCAUGCCUUUCCUUUGGAAGGUGAUAGAAUUCCUUGAACCUGUGUGAGGAGGCACAGUGGCACUGAGCCCUCCACAGCAGAACCUCCUCUUGGCCCUUUCAGAUGCCUGGCUGGGACCUUGUGUCUUUAGGAUGAUGUGUUUUUGGCUUUGGCUAUCAUCUUAGUCUAAGCCUGGAACCAUUACUCCUGACACACCUUUGAGACAGAAAAGGCAAAUUUCCAUAACCCUGGCAUGCAGUUAGCAGGACUGG